AAUGUGCUACUAGUUCAGACGUACACAAGCCUGACUGCCAGACAGACGGACGGAGAGAAGAAACAAACCAGAGAAGAGAGAGAGGAGAAGAACCACACGUUGACCAGUUCUCUGAAACUUGACUUCUCUAUAGGUGAAACAAUGUCUCCAUCAGAGAACUAGAACGUCCUUCUGUUCUAGUUCUGUGUUCUACAGCACAGACACAGGUUCUUUUAGAACCCUGGCAUUUCUUUCUAGAAGGUUUGUCAUUACAAUUCUUACAGUUGGACCACAGACAUCUACUGUGAUUACGAGCUAAAAAGACACAUCUGUGCGGAUGAAUCUACAAAUGUUUUCUCUUAUAGCGUAUUUGACCAUAUUUUCCUGAGUUAUUCCAUCCCAGUUCUCCUUUGUCACGAUAGAUCAUUUUCAGGCACGUUGCUCGGAACCCGAAUGUAACGUCCGUUCUAGAUCUGUAGUGGACCUGACCAAUCCGUAUAGGAAGUUCUGAUGAACCGACUGCUGCUGUUGUGACGUCUCCUGUGUCCGACCUCGUCUCAACGAUCUCUACCGGCUCUCUACUCUUCUUUUCUCCGUGAAGAGAAACCGGCUGCUGUUUCUGGUUGGCUGGUCUGUCGCACUGAGAUUGAGGUGAAGUCACUGCCCUUUUCACUAACCGCCGAGAGAAACUGUGUGGAUUGUUUCACAACUCUCUGGGCUGCUCAGAGACAGAGAGCAUAGAGAAGUCUGUCUACUGGGACUGUCAAUCAAUACAUCCGUCAAUCAAACAAUAGACGUAUUGAUCUCUCCAGUGACCGACCUACAUUGUUCAGUGUGUCCUCUGUGGACCUCCGUCCAUCCAGACUCACCCUCUCUCCCACCCCUUCUUGCCCGGGGAAAAAGUGAGGUUGAGUGGGAUGGCUGAGGGGCAUGCUGGGCAAUACCCCCAGGUGUUCGUGGUGGACAGCCAGGCGAGCUACACCCCCUUGCCCAGCAGGAGGCACUUUAGGUGGGGAGGGAUCGGCCCGAGAGCCCUUCAGCUCCUGGUGGGUCUUGCUCUGGUCGGGAUCGUCAUGGAAGUCGGCUUCAUCGUGCACUUGUACAACAGGACAGGGGCCCUGAUCAAUGCUCAAUCCUUUAUCCAGAGGAGUGGCUCAGCUCAGGGUCUGACUGGAUCUGAAGAGACCAAUGAGAUUUUAGUCAAGCCUACGAGGAGGAAACUCCCACCUGAGAUCCAACGGAAACCCUCAGCACACUUGAUAGGCUCCUCCCUGUUAGUGGGUGAGGAUAGUGUCGUUCAGUGGGAAUCAGACAAGGGCCUGUCUGCCUUCACAGAUCAGAUGGACUACAAAGAUGGCCGCCUGGUAGCACAGAGGAAAGGGCACUACUAUGUCUACUCCAAAGUACACUUCGUUGAAGACUGCUUUCUGUUCAAACACAAGGUGAUGAGGAUCACCGAGGGUUACAAAAACAAACCACUUGUGUUGAUGAAAGCUAACAGGUUCCAUUGUCCUUCCCAGGAUUCCAGACCGAAAAAGAUUUCUCAUCAGAAUCUUCUGAACAGCUACCUGGGCGGAGUCUUUCGUCUGUUGCCUGGAGACAUCAUCUACGUAACCGUGGACAACAGAACGCUGCUGAGACUUGGAGCUGAAGAUAAUUUCAUGGGGGCAUUCAUGAUUUAGGAGACGGUGUGUAUUGACACACACACACACACACACACACAUACAUUUGUCAAUCAGAUUUGUGUGUCGGUUAUAUUAUUUCAAUGUAUAGAUUCUAACCAAGGUGUGUUAUAGAGAAUCACACUAGAAAAUAGACAAUUGGCUUUUUAAAGGUAUUUUAACCUUGAGACAACAUCUGCAGCUAUUACCGUGAAUCUCGGCAAAUGGUGGGGAAAAUGUCUUUAAAACAUCCAUUGUCGGCUGUCUAGUGUAGUGUUUCUCAAUCCUGGUCCUGGGGACCCAAAAGGGUACAAAACCUGCUGAGGAGUUGAUUACUUGAACUGUCGGAGUACUACAAUCAACAGCACCACGACCAGGACUGAGAACCACUGGACUGGUGCUACAAUCAACAGCACAAGGACUGAGAAACACUGGGCUGGUGCUACAAUCAACAGCACCAGGACUGAGAACCACUGGACUGGUGUUACAAUCAACAGCACGAGGACUGAGAACCACUGGACUGGUGCUACAAUCAACAGCACCAGGACUGAGAACCACUGGACUGGUGCUACAAUCAACAGCACCAGGACUGAGAACCACUGGACUGGUGCUACAAUCAACAGCACCAGGACUGAGAACCACUGGACUGGUACUACAAUCAACAGCACCAUGACCAGGACUGAGAACCACUGGACUGGUGCUACAAUCAACAGCACCAGGACUGAGAACCACUGGACUGGUGUUACAAUCAACAGCACGAGGACUGAGAACCACUGGACUGGUGCUACAAUCAACAGCACCAGGACUGAGAACCACUGGACUGGUGCUACAAUCAACAGCACCAGGACUGAGAACCACUAGACUGGUGCUACAAUCAACAGCACCAGGACUGAGAACCAC